CUCAGAGUUGAGAGAGAGCAAGAGCAACACAGAGAAAUCUAAGAGAGUUCGAUCAUCGAUCACUGAAAUAUAGAGAAAGAUGGUGAGAACUCCUUGCUGUGAUGAAAGGGGAAUGAAGAAAGGGACAUGGACACCGGAGGAAGAUAGGAAGCUCAUAGCUUAUGUUACUAGGUAUGGCUGCUGGAAUUGGCGCCAACUCCCCAAGUUUGCUGGGCUUUCAAGGUGCGGAAAGAGUUGCAGACUUAGGUGGCUGAAUUAUCUGAGGCCGAACAUCAAGAGAGGAAACUACACAACUGAAGAGGAGGAAAUAAUAAUCACACUUCAUGAAAAGCUGGGGAACAAAUGGUCUGCGAUUGCAGCACAGCUUGAGGGAAGAACUGACAAUGAGGUUAAGAAUCACUGGCACACAAACCUCAAGAAACGCUUAAUGAUGAACAAGCACAAGCCCUCCUCAGUUUCAAUCACACAUGAUGAUCAUCAUCAUCAUGAAGAAAUGGAAGUACCGAAAUCAUUGGAUCAGCCAAGGAGUACUGCUGUUACUGAUGAUUUUGGAAAUGCGGAAACUACUGUUGAUGAUCAAAUUUCCCAAAUUGAUUUUCUUGAUUACCCAGAACUGUGGUCGCCACAGCCAUCAUCGAGUGAGCUCUCGUCCAUGACCAGCGAUACUACUGGAGUUGCAAUUACUGCCGCAGAUGGUUUGGUUGUGGAGGACAAUGCUACAUCAGCUGCCAUGGAGACAUUCUUUGGAGAUUUCAGCGAUAAUUUCUGGACAGAGCCAUUUCUGGCUGACAAUGACCCAAGUGGUUUGUAUACACCCUUGAUGGAGCCUGAUUUUUUUUAUCCGUCAUUUGAUGGAGAUUUCUUGUACGGAGCAACAUGAUCAGGGUUUUAUCUAAAGACAUCAAUUUUAUAUGUACUUUUGAAGUAUUGAGAUCGACUCCUAAUUCAUCAAAAGAAUAAUAAAAUUGGAAAUAGCUUAGUUUUUAAUUUGAUGAAUAACAUUUCUGUUUUGAUAUCAAUGUAUUAUAUGAAUCGAGCGAGAUAG